UGCAGUCUGUCGGGGGCUGUUGGUCGAUUUUCACUUAGAUCCGGGCCUAGGUCCCGAGGCUAACAACCCCAGUCGUAGAGCCAGGGAAUAAAUUGAAAAAUUGUAUGUAAAUUAACUGCGGUAAAGAAAGGAAUCCAAUUGCCAAGCUGUAGCUUGUGGACGACCUCAAUUAUCUGAUCAUGGAGGGAACCCUCCUUCAUCUUUCUUAAUUAAUAAAUUUCUGCAGGAAAAAACAUUUCUAUUUGUCUGAGUUGCCAGCAAUCUCCCCUACUCUUUCCAACUAUUUUUUAACCCAUUGAUGAGGUUCUGAGAGUAGGGGACAGGACACACAUAAUUCUACACCAGAGACCUAUAAAUUAAAUCCACAAUGGGUGCUUCUCCAUCAGUCCUACAAAAAUCAAUCCACGAAUUCACCGUCAAGGACAGCAAAGCAAAGGAAGUAGACCUCAGCAUUUACAAUGGAAAAGUGCUUCUUGUCGUCAAUGUCGCUUCCAAAUGUUCAUUCACAAACUCGAACUACAGCCAGUUGACUGAACUCUACACCAAAUACAAGGACAAAGGUUUCGAGGUCUUGGCCUUCCCCUGCAACCAAUUCUUGAAUCAAGAGCCUGGGACAAGUGAGGAAGCACAACAAUUUGCUUGCACAAGAUUCAAGGCAGAAUAUCCCAUUUUCCAAAAGGUGCGAGUUAAUGGUCCGGACACAGCACCUGUUUACCAAUUCCUUAAAUCAAGCAAAGGUGGUUUUCUCGGUUCAAGCAUCAAAUGGAAUUUCACCAAGUUUCUGAUUGAUAAGGAAGGAAAAGUUAUCCAGCGUUACGGCUCCACUACUUCACCAUUGGCAAUUGAGGCCGAUAUCCAAAAAGCACUAGGGGAGGUGUGAGACGCUAUAUCAAGUUCAGACAGUUGUUGAUGAACAUAGUUACAUAAACAAAAAAAGAGCAUGGAGAUUUCUUGCAUAUUCUGUUUAUUCAACCUACAUGUGCUCUUGCACAGAAUUUCAGUUUCUGUGUUUCUCCUCCCUCCCUAUCCCUAUCUCCUCAAUGUAAUUUAUAAUAUAUUGAAUAGUGUGUGAAUAUAUAUAUAUAUAUAUAUAUAUAUAUAUAUAUAUAUAUAUAUAUUCUUUGUCUUUGUUUCAUGGUUAAAAAAUAUAACUUACACUAUGUUGUUGAUUCUUAGGCACAUUCAUGGUGAGAACCUCUCAUAGUUGCUGC